AGGGGGAGCUCAGCUAACGCUAGUCAGGCAGUGAAGGAAAUGGCGACUAUGCAGGACGACUGCCUUUCCUAACCGCUGCAGACGUUGUAUUCCCGUAGCCUUAUUUCCCCCGCUUUCAUUUACUCCGUUGCACUUUAAAUUAAUGCGAGAAUUGGAAGCUCUAGCCACCAAAGAACUUGAAGCGAAGCAGAGGGAUACCUUGCCAGAAAAGGAAGAACAGUCAACAGAAGAUAGGAAAGAGAGAACGGACGAGAAAAGGGAGGAAGCUGGUCGACAGAAGUGCCAGACCCCAUCAGGGCCAGUCUCAGCCAGUCACAGCCAGCUGACCCAAACGAAGGACCUCCCACAGCAACCAGCGGCAUCAGAAAUGCCGAACGGGCCCAAGCCGUCAGCUGGCCCCAAGCCCUGCCUCCACACCCGCCCUCUGAAGUCCAGCCCAGUUUUCGCUCGCACAAACCGAAGCACCCGCUGAAGUCCCGCCAGCCCCUCACCAUCCCGCCACAGGUGGGGACACCAGGGGGCGCUCUGCCAGCCAGCGAGGGGCUCCUUCUGAAUUGCGCAAUACCCACCGCCAAGGCAUGGCUCCUAUACGGGAUUUGGUCAGCCACUCCCAUAACCAGACAGAUCUGAAUCACAGUGGUCUGGGCUCUCAGUAUGAAACCUCCCCCUGGAGUUCGGGCUCUCCCGGCAGCGACUCGGACACCAGCUGGGGCAAGGCCCUCGUAGACGGCCACGACAAGGAGGCAGCCUGGCCCUCCAUGACCGGCAGCGAUCCUGAGCUGGCCUCCGAAUGCACCGACGCCGACUCCGCCUCCAGCUCCGGGUCCGAGAAGAACCUGAGCGUGACGGCGGCCGGGGGCGUGGCCGGCGAUGGCGUCCAGGAGAACGGCCAUGGCGGCCUGGCCAACGGGAGCAUUAACGGGGCGUGGGGCGCCUGCCCCGCGGAGGCCGCCGGCGGCAAACCCAGCGCCUGGGGCGCCCUCGGGCCCGCAACCAACGGAGGCGUGAAUCCAAGCACUUUGAACCCAGAUGCCAACCUCGGUGCCUGGCCCGCUCUGGGGCCCGGCCCCCAGGGGCCGGCGGCAAAAGGGACGGGGAACGGCGGCGCCGGCGCUCACUCUCAGAGCGCCAACGCCAAGGCGGGUGUCUCCGCCCACGCCCCCUGGGGGAGCCUCCAGGGAGGCGAAUCCGAAUCCGAAACCAACGGUACAAGCAAGGCCUCGCCCGGCGGGCAACCUCAGAACCUUAACACUGAAACCCACGGACCAAAUAACACUACUAACACCAUGACCUCUAGUUUACCAAACUCUACUGGUUCGGUGCAGGCGGGUGAGGGCUGGCACGCCGGCGCCGGGAGCUCGCCCCCGCUCCAGGCCGCUCUGUCUAACGGCGCCCCCGCCGAGGGCUCGGCCGCCGGGCCCUACGGUGCCGUGUGGGGAGCUCCGCCCGCCACUAAUUACUCCGCAGACCAAUGCCCUGCCCCGAUUGGCCAGCCGGCAGGCGACACUGUGAACACAACUCUAACGCAGCCUGUAGCAGGUGGACCGGCCACUUUCAAGGGUCACAGCGGUGGCAGCCGCGGUGGGACAGAGGCGCCGAGCGGGGACUGGGAGGAAGGGCCCGCGGCCUUGCAAAGCAUGCCCGCCUGGGGGGCGGGCGGUGGGGGCCCCUCGGGGAUCCCGCAGCCGUGGGGCAGCGUGUCGUCCUCGUCCUCCUCCUCCUCCUCCUCAUCUUCCUCCUCGUCCUCCAACGCCAAGAUGUCGGGCGGGGAGUGGACCGCCCUGCCCAGCCAUGGUCAGCAUUCCGGCGACAGCAGGAAGGGGGCGGGCGGCUGGCGCUCGCUGGAGGACGACGCUCUGGGCGCAGCAGGCGCGCGGGCGGGGGCUCCGGCAGCGGGCGGCUCGUGGGCCGGCAAGAGCGGCGGGGAGACCGCCGCCGGCCGCGGGGAACGGGACGGCCCGCACAGCAGCCGCAGGAAGGGCAACCACCAGGCGCAGGUGCAGCUGGCGCUGUCCCGCGCCGACCUGGACCCGCGGGUCCUGUCCAACAGCGGCUGGGGCCAGACCCCUGUCCGGCAGAACACCGCCUGGGACCUGGCGAGCACCUCCGGCCCCGACAGGAAGCCGAGCUGGGGCGGCCCCGUCUCCCAGGCGACCAGCUCAGGCGGGUGGGGGGAGGGGCCGGGCCCCGACAGCAGCGGCGCCCCUACGACACCCGGGUGGGGGGACACCAAAGGCUCGAGCAGGCAAGGGGGCUGGGAGGACGACUCCUCCGCAGCGGGCAAAGGCAAUCAAUCGUGGGGCGGCAAGGAAGACAAAUCCUCCACAUGGAGCAAUGCACAAAAAGCCAAGCAGGGAUGGAACGCGCCCCCCAGCGGUGAGGGGUGGGGGGGAGACGGGUCGCGGGGGAACCACUGGGGCGAGCCCCAGAGGAUGGGGUCCGGCAGCUGGGACAGCGACAGCGACCGCUCGGGGUCCGGCUGGGGCGACGCGGGCCGCGGCGGCACCUGGGGCGGCAAGCCCAGCAAGAACGAGCCGACCGGCUGGGCCGAGCCUGCCGCAGCCACCGGUCAGAGCCCGGGGUGGGGGGACCCCCCGAAUCCGAGCCACUCCUCCUCGAGCUGGGGCGACACCGCCGGCUCCUGCAAGUCCCCCGACUGGAGCAAGCCCCAGGGCGGCGGGGUAGGGCAGCCAUCGGGGGGAGGCGCCCCGCCACAGCCGGGCAAGCCCUCGGGCUGGCUGGGGGGGCCCAUCCCCGCCCCUUCCAAAGAGGAGGACUCGACGGGCUGGGAGGAGCCGUCCCCCGAGUCCAUCCGCCGCAAGAUGGAGAUCGACGACGGCACUUCGGCCUGGGGCGACCCCAGCAAAUACAACUACGGCGGCGUCAACAUGUGGAACAAGAACAGCGGGGCGGAGCAGGACGCGCUGGCACCGCCCCCGAGCCACCCACAGGCCCCGCCCACCAUUGCCGCGACGACCCCGAAAGAGAAGACCGGGAGCACAGGGUGGGGCGAGCCGUACAGAGCGGCCCCGAAGGCGGAGUCAUCAUGGGGAGAGCCCGCGGGGCCCCCAGUCUCCGUCGACAACGGCACGUCGGCCUGGGGCAAGCCCAUGGACACGGGUUCGAGCUGGGAGGAGCCGGGCCGGGAGACCACCGGCACGGGUGGCUGGGACGCUGCCGCGGGAAGGCAGCAGCCACAACACAAGCACGGACCCAAACCUAUGCAAGACAGCUGGUGCAGCGGCGAGGACGUCUCCAUGCAGGGAUCCAGCUGGGAGGAUGAGGAGGAGGUGGAGAUCGGGAUGUGGAGCAAUAACGCCUCCUCCCAGGAGUCGAACCCACCCAGCAACUGGUCCUACACCAAGAAGAUGCCCCCGAAGCUCAAUAAAGGAGUCUGCAAGCAGGAUGAUGCCUGGAUGAACCAGUUUGUGAGGCAGUUCAACAGUAUGAAUUUCCCUAGGGACUCUCCUGAGGAGGCCCUGAAGUGCAAUAAGAUGGAUAUGCCCGGAGGGAUGCUGGGGGACAAGCGCAUGGACCUGGACAAACACAUGCUGAACAUGGGAGAGUACAACGGCGUGAUCGGGAAGAGCCCCGGCCUCCGCCACCAGAUCCCCAAAGAGUCUUCCAUGGACCGCGGCUCCUACUUCGAUAAGAAUGUCAGCAGCGUGUUCGGCGGCGGCGGAGCAGGAGCGCAGGGGAGAGGUGCCCAGCCGCCGCUCGGCUCCUCCCAACCCCCCCUCCGCCCCCAAGUGCCUCCGCCCCUGCUGUCCUCUCAGGUCCCAGCCUCGUUGUUGAAGUACCCCCUCAGUAACAGCGGAAUGAACCCUCUUUUCGGGGCACAGCAGGUGGCUGUGCUGAACCAGCUGUCCCAGCUAAACCAGAUCUCCCAGCUGCAGCGCCUCCUCCUACAGCAGCAGAAGGUGCAGAGCCAGAGAAACCUGCCUGUUGGUGUCCGGCAGCAACAGGAGCAACAGGGCCGCCCCCAGCAGAUGAUGCCGCCACCCCCCCGCCACCUGGACCCCUCCCUGAUGAAGCCGCAGACCCCCCCACAUCUGCCGUCCCUGCACCAGCCCGGCUUCAAGUCCUACCUGGAGAACUUCAUGCCCCAGAAUGCACCAGACCUGCAGAAGGGACAGAGCACGCUCAGUUCGUUCAAUAACUACCCGUUAGGCUUGAAUUCAAACUUGAAUGUAAACAGUCUGGACAUCGGUGGUGUCGGGUUCAAAGAGCCACAGUCCCGGCUGAAUAAGUGGAUAGCCAUGGACAUUUCCGCUAACUCGCCACUUGAUCAAAACCCCAGCAAACCUGGUCCGCUCUCCUCCGCGCUGAGGCUGGAGGACUCCCUCUUCGGUCCGCACGACUUCAUCAGCUCCGGCAACGCCCCCGUCAGCCCCCCCGGGUCCGUGGGAGACGGCUGGCCCCUCCGUGCCAAAUCGCCUCACGGCUCCGGCAGCGUCACCUGGCCGCCAGAGUUUCGCCCGGGUGAGCCUUGGGAAGGAUAUCCGAACAUCGACCCUGAGACUGACCCUUACGUGACUCCUGGAAGCGUUGUUAAUAAUCUCUCCAUUAAUACUGUCCGGGACGUUGACCUCAGGGACCGGAACAAUGGGACAACCUCAUCUCUGAACACCACGCUGCCUUCUAAUAGUGCCUGGUCGUCCAUGCGUGCCUCCAACUACAGCCCAGCACAAAGCACUUCAGCCAGAAGCGGCGACUCCAAAAACACAUGGUCUCCUGGAACAGUCGCCAACACCUCUCUGGCCCACGAGCUGUGGAAGGUUCCCCUCCCACCGAAAGGCAUCUCUGCCCCGUCCCGCCCGCCCCCCGGCCUCACCAGCCAGAAGCAGCCCUCGUCCUGGGACAGCGCCCCCCUGCGGCUCGGGGGCUGGGGCUCUGACUCCAGAUACACCCCCGGUUCCAGUUGGGGCGACAGCAGCUCAGGAAGAACAACCAAUUGGCUCGUUCUCAAAAAUCUCACACCGCAGAUUGACGGCUCCACUCUCAAAACGCUGUGCAUGCAGCACGGUCCACUGAUAACAUUCCACCUGAACCUGCCCCACGGUAACGCCGUCGUGUGCUACAGCUCCAAGGAGGAGGCAGCCAAGGCGCAGAAGUCUCUGCACAUGUGCGUUUUAGGGAACACUACUAUUCUUGCUGAGUUCGCCAGCGAAGAGGAGAUCAGCCGUUUCUUUGCACAAGGUCAGUCCAUGGCUUCCCCGCCCAACUGGCAGACCCUGGGCGCCGCCCAGAACCGGAUCAGUUCCAUCGAGGGGUCCCACCCUUUCCCCAGCCGCACCGACCCCAAUCACUGGAACGGUGCUGGGCUGUCGGGAACCGGGGGCGGCGACCUCCAUGGCUCCUCCCUCUGGAGCUCGCCCAGCUAUCCCGCCAGCCUGUGGGGGAGCCCCAGCGGCGGCGAGGGGCGGGGCAUCAGCAGCCCGUCCCCAAUCAACUCCUUCCUCCCUGUCGACCACUUGGCAGGAGGUGGGGACACCAUGUAGUACAACUUUCACCUUCUGACUUAAGAACUGUGACCUCAGUGUGUAACAACUAAUAAUUCAAAUAAGAUAAGAAAACAAAUGGCACUAGUUGUACUUUCUUCACCUACACGAGAAAAAAAACGGGGUCAACCUGUGGAAACAAGUUACGUUCUUUCUGCACAUUUUUCCACUCUGUUUUAGCCCAAAACAUAUCAGUUUGAAUACUUGAAUCAUGCUGGCCAAUAUUAUAAUGUGAAAGGAUAUAUUUACACUUCCAGGUAGCGCUCUUUGUGUGGAGAAAAACAAAAAAAGAAAAAAAAAAUUGCUUCAG